UCCAAUGGCAACUCCAGUAAAAGUAUAUGGUCCGCCACUUUCCACUGCCGUGUCUCGAGUCCUGGCCUGUCUCCUGGAGAAAGAUGUGGAUUUUCAGCUCAUUUCAAUUAACCUGGCCAAAGGCGAACACAAGAAGGCCGAUUUUAUCAAGAUCCAGCCCUUUGGUCAAGUACCAGCUUUUCAAGAUGAGAACAUCUCACUCUUUGAGUCUCGAGCAAUAUGUCGUUAUAUAUGUGAGAAAUACAAAGAAAAGGGUAAUAAGGGAUUGUACGGGACAAACCCAUUGGCAAAAGCAUCCAUAGAUCAGUGGUUGGAAGCUGAAGGGCAAAGCUUUAACCUACCUAGUUCUGCUCUAGUGUUUCAACUAGCAUUUGCGCCUCGAAUGAAGCUCAAGCAAGAUGAGGGUCUGAUCAAACAAAGCGAAGCGAAGUUGGCAAAAGUUCUUGAUGUUUACGAAAAAAGGCUGGGCGAGACUCAGUUCUUGGCGGGUGAUGAAUUUUCUUUGGCCGAUCUUUCACACUUGCCUAACACCCAGUACUUAGUGAAUGCCACUGAUCGAGGAGAGCUCUUCACUUCUAGAGAGAACGUGGGGAGAUGGUGGGGUGAGAUUUCCAGUAGAGAAUCCUGGAAGAAGGUGGUUGAAAUGCAGAAGAGUACUUGAAUUUGGUUGUA